GCCGCCCAGCCUCCCAUUUCCGUCAUCAUCUUUUUCUCUUUUUCCAUUCCAGUUGUCGACUUGUCAUAGCCUGCAUUCUCUCUUAAAAUUUCUAUUGCUCCCACACGUUAGCGUCUAAGUGGAUCGGCCGCCUAGUGGACCUGAUAAAAGAGCAAAAGAAAGGUUUAAAAGAAGAAAGAACAAAAAUUUCUAUAACCUAUCGUCAACAAUCAAAAUACACCAAAUAUGCCUCCAUCACUUCAGAACACGACUAAAGAUAAUGAUCUGUCGUCCAAACGCAGACGAUUCCAACCACCGAUAACCUCCUUCUUCCCCGCAACAACAGAAACAGAUCACGCUGGUAGCUCCAGUGCCCCUCACUUAUCUUAUACCCACUACUCCACCACCACAUCCUCCCCCACCCCCGCCGUUGAUGCAAAGAUCCAAGCAUCGCUACUUUCAGUCGGCAUGCGCGUUCGCAAAUCAGUCGCAGAAGGGUACAAAACCCGAAUCCCCUAUUCGAAGGACAAGCCAACUCUCUAUACGAAAGAGACCCCGAUCGUCGGAGGUCCAACAGCCUAUCCCGAACUGGCACCCUUCUGCGGCAUGAUGAACUCAGCCGAAUCUGCAACUCAACCCAUGUCUCAUACCUCCUCGCUGUCCUAUAAUAAAAUGGAUCAACUCAUCACCGAUGACGGAGAUGCUUUCUCUCUCCCAUCAAGUAGCCAGGAAUCGAUUGAGUCGGUUCAGACAACCGCACAGAAGCGAUCAUACGACUGUGCCGAAGAUGAUCUCGAAGAUACGUUCGAUGAAAUGCCGACUCAUGCGGAGACAAACUGGCAGAACUUCUUGGACAUGGGUACAGGGAUGGACCCGGUGCCUGGCCGUACUAUCCUCACACCAAGUCUAGGGCAGCAGCGACGUCAGUUUGUUGCCAUGAAGACACAAACGAUUAUUGAUGUUGAUGAUUUUGAAGAACCCACCUUCCUUCGUAGGCGCGAAGAGGUUGAUAUGGAUCUAUCCUGAAUGGAGCCAAUGUGCCCGUGGUCUAGCUGGGAGGCUGGUCUAUAUCGUUUGCCAUGUUGUCUCCUCUCACUGGACCGUCAUUAUGUGGACAUGGUUGAUUGCUGCGCUAUCUGAUUGCCCCUAUGGGCACGGUAUGAUUAUUGGAUUGGCUCUAGUCAUUCGCCCCGAAUCCCUGAGCUUCUGGUUAAGUUGAGGUCGGCGUUCGAAUGUUUCCUUCAAUUAUCUCCUCCUGUUAUACGUUGAAACAACAUUUGUUACUUUUGAUUAUCGUCAAGCGAUUGUAUAUACAUAUACCCGCAUUGGUUGGAUGGUUAUGCCAACUGUACCUUGUGACUAUG